GCAGCAGGAUAGAGGAAGAGCAAAACCGCAUACUACAGGGUGAACUAGGAGGGGGUGUCCAUCUUAUUUACAACCGUGAGAGUGCUUAAUUGUUUAUCUGUCGAAUUCUUUCUGGUGGGUUAAAGUUAAGAAUCGGAGAUGAGCAGUUCAGAAGAAGUGUCAUGGAUCUCCUGGUUUUGUGGACUAAGGGGGAAUGAGUUUUUCUGUGAGGUAGACGAAGACUACAUCCAGGACAAGUUCAACCUUACAGGCCUCAAUGAGCAGGUUCCUCAUUACCGCCAGGCCCUUGAUAUGAUCCUGGACCUUGAACCAGAUGAAGAACUGGAGGACAAUCCCAACCAGAGUGAUCUAAUUGAGCAGGCUGCUGAGAUGUUGUAUGGCCUCAUCCAUGCACGCUACAUCCUCACUAACCGAGGCAUUGCACAGAUGCUGGAAAAGUACCAACAGGGAGAUUUUGGCUAUUGCCCACGGGUUUAUUGUGAGAAUCAGCCAAUGCUUCCUAUCGGGCUGUCAGACAUCCCAGGAGAGGCCAUGGUGAAGCUGUACUGCCCUAAAUGUAUGGAUGUCUACACACCCAAGUCCUCUAGGCACCACCACACAGAUGGAGCAUAUUUUGGCACUGGCUUCCCUCACAUGCUCUUCAUGGUUCACCCAGAGUACAGGCCCAAGAGGCCAGCCAAUCAAUUUGUCCCAAGGCUGUAUGGGUUCAAGAUCCACCCCAUGGCAUACCAGCUGCAACUGCAAGCCGCCUCCAGCUUCAAGAGCCCCGUCAAAGCCAUCCGCUAGAGUGACCGGGACCGAAGAAGAGGAGGAGGAGGAAGAUUCUGAAAGAAAAGACAGGAGUUAAUCAUAAGGAGAGGGGUCAUCUGUAUUUCCAGAGCUCUUCAGAUGCCCCCUCUCCAUCAUGAAGACUGUAUUAUUUUGAUUUAGAUUAGCACAUAUGGAAAAUGUAAAGAUUUGAGUGUGAGCGAGACGUUAAAAAAAAACAAAACACACAGCCAUGAUCUUAAAGAUAAACACACAUGUACACACGCACACCAAAUACAUAGAUGCAGCCACACACUUAGUUUACCAUACCAAACUCAUGCGUGCCAAUAACAGAAAAUAAGAGGUAGCUGAACAAUAGAGGGGCUGCUGUUCACUCACAUUACAAGCACACCGAUGGGACACUCAUGUUUCUGUUGGCUACAGUGUGGCGUACUUUGAAGAAAGGCUUUAACGUUCAGGUGGAUUGACAGAAGACUGAAAGUGCAAUGUAUGAGCCAGUUAUUACUUCUGACUCUGUGGUAGUUCUGUAUUUGGCACAGUUUGGUAAACAGUUUGGUAACUCCCCCCCCCUUUUCCGUCUUUUCCCUGUUUGCCCCCAGUGCAUGUACACUCAGGCUGGCACUCGCAGAGACAGUUUGGAUGUCAGCAGCUGGUGUUUUCCUGUAUCAAUUCUUUGGAAAAUUUGGUUUGGUGUUUUUUUGUGGAGCUGUUGCACAGAGCAUUUUCUUAAAUUUGCCUUAAGGUACAGAGAAACACCCAGAUUUUUUGCUGUUUAAGAAGCAACGUUUCUUUUCAUUUAUUUCUGCUGUUAGAGGACAUAGAGUAGAAACAGGUCAAAUUAAUGAAUUGUCAAACAAUUGUAAUAAGCCUGUGUGAAUUCUCCAGCUGUCUGCACGUGUCAAACAAAUGUCUGUUCUGAUACCUAAGAAUCUAGCUAGUGCUGCUUUUUCUUUUUCUUUUUUUUUUUUUUGGGUGAGUUCCCCCCUCCUUGUAGCAACAGGUUUGUGUUGUACUGUCAGCUUCCUUCCUUCAUAGCUGCAUACAAGUUUUACAUGUAAGAGUGAAUAAGGAUGUAUUAAUAUGAUGGAAGCUUCUGGCUGCUGUUAACUUACAACUCAAACAGCUGGUCUAGCAUCUCAGUUAUUUUCUAAAUAAUGCUUAAUAUUUGUUAAAUCCAUUCAGAGACUAAAAAAAAUUAUAAAUUGGUUUGUUGUUGCUAACUGCCAUGAUGAACCCCAUGUUUAUACUUUUUUGUUUAUUUUCUUUUCCAGCAAACAAGAUGUAAACAUGAGCUUUAUGGUGCUGGUAGUUUUUUACAACUCAUUUAUUACAUCUUGCUUGUAAUCGUACAAAAACUGAAGUGCAUAAAAACAACAAAUUGUUUAAUUGGAGCGGUGUGCUCCAGUUAGCAGUGGCCUGGCAGCAGUUUGUGACAGCUAGCCAAAACAGGUUCACAUCUGUUUGUUAAUUUGUGUCGGUUGUCAUUAAUAUGUAGAGGUUUGAAAAGGGGAAAUAAAGGAGUGCAUUGAUCACACGGUAUGGUGCAACAUCAAUCCAGAAAUCUCCCAAAACAAAAGGCAAACAUACACAAAGAGGUGUUGGUAGGAUCUUACAAUAAAACCUAAAAUGUAAUUUUGCAUCUCAGCUCCCUGUUGCAAGUGCAGCUUUUUACUUUGGUCAGGUUAAACAGAUUAUUUUAUUUUAUUUUAUUUUUUAUCUGAUGAUAGGUUUUGUAACCAAGCCAGGCUUGCAGUUUCCUACCAUUUCCACUCUUUCUGCUGAGCUAAUCUGAUCAUGUAGCUUCAUAUUUACCAUCCAAAUAUGUGAGUGGUAGGUAAUGGUUCCUGUUUUCCACCUCUGCAGUGUUUAUUCACCAAAAUGUCAAACUGCUCCUGCAAAGAACGAGGAGACUCAGAGAAAUUUGACAAUCUAAAUCCUCCCGCUCACUCCACUACUGUGCUGGUUUGACUGUUGCAUCUCCACAGAGCAGUUGUUUAUUUUGUUCAGGCUCAGAUUCAGACAGACCCCACCCCUUUCCCAUUCACACAUGCUUGUUUUUGUUUUUAAAGCAGUAAGGUAGACAGUCAACAGCCUUCCUUUCGCUCCCUCUCCUUUUUUUUUGUGUGUAAACUGCAACAAUUUAACUCUUGGAUUUCAUUAUACAAGAGAAAUAGUAUUUAUGUGUCCAGAUUUUAACUGUUUGUGUUGUCUUUGACUGGAAGGGUGAGCAGGAUUCAGAACUCUCAAUAAACUUCUAUUUUCUUUUCA